GAAGAUAUUUUCGUAAUUUUGGGGGGACAUGGCAGGCAGGUGCCAUUUCCUCCCGUGGUGAGGAUGUCAACGAAGACGGAGAAGGGGGUGCCCUGCGGGAGGAGUGUGAUCUGAUUGCCCUCUUCUAGCGAGCUAGAGGGAAAAGGAGGAAGCGGGCGAUGGCGAGCCUGCUGGGAUGGUGGAAUCGCGGGGAGGAGGACUAUGGGGUGGACUUCUGGACGAGCCCCGAGAGAGCAGGGUGGUUGAUGAAGCAGGGCGAGCAUAUCAAGACGUGGCGCCGCCGGUGGUUCGUUCUCAAACGCGGGAAGCUCUUCUGGUUCAAGGAGUCGCAGGUGACGCGCGCCUCUCGCCCCCGCGGCGUCAUCCCCGUCAGCACCUGCCUUACCGUCAAGGGCGCCGAGGACGCCCUCAACAAGCCCUUCGCCUUCGAGAUCUCCACCAGGACCGACGUCAUGUACUUCAUCGCCGACUCCGAGAAGGAGAAGGAGGACUGGAUCAACUCCAUCGGCAGAUCCAUCGUCCAGCACUCCCGCUCCGUCACCGAUUCCGAGAUCGUCGACUACGAUUCCAAGCGCACCGCCGAUGCCUAGCCGGCGACCGCAUCCCACGAUCCCCCAAGAGGCUUCUGAAGUUCUCUAUCUCUCCGGUCAAUUUAUCUAAGAAUCUCCGUUAAGCAGAGCUCUUGGUUUGGAUGGACUUCAUCUUCCGCUUUUUCCCUCCGAUUCUCUGGUGUUGUUUCCUGCGCUUCCUCUUUUCCUUUCCCCUUUUGCUCUUGAAACCUUUGUUUUUUCUCUGCUCUGUAAUUUUGGAUCUCCUCAUCUGUAUGUACAUGCCCUUCUGCCUCCGUGUUGAAUCUGUAGUGCAAAGUCACACUCUCCGUCUAUAAUUUUCCCUGUUUUCUCA